AUGGAUGUCGCAGAGUUCCUCAGCGGUCGUGCGGAGGAGGUGGAAGCAUUUUCUGCCCUACUGUUUCGUAAACGACCUCGUGAGGAGGGCGAUGGUGGGUUUGAGCCUCCGCUUCCCCCCAAGCCGCGGUCUGUUGUUCAAUACCGCCGCCCAUCCUCCGCGAAUGUGCCGCUGUCCGACGUAGUGCGGUUGGCGAAGUUUCACUCACGGCGCUCCAGGCGUUUUGGGCGACUGUUGGAGGGCGGGGCGCCGUUGCCUGCAUCGACAGCUGCUGUAGACGCAGGACAAGUGCAGAAGAAAAAACGUCCGCUGACGUAUAAGGCGUGGUGUUUGCUUUUAAGGCGACGGCGUCGGCUUGCGUGGAGGCGACGGGCAACGGCACGACGCCGAAUGCGACGGCGGCAUAUUGCCCUCCGUCACGGCAAGAUGCAACUUCCCCUUUGCACCUGUGGCUCCUCUGCUGCUGCUGCUGCCCCACCUCCUGGCUCGCCGUCCGCUCUUUCCUCGAGUGGAGGUCGCACGGCUGUGCUGUGGCUUCCCUCCCAUUGGCGGUUGUGCCGUCGAUUUCAUUAUGGCGUUGUCAAAACACGUGUUGAUUGCUGCCCCUCAUCCUCUGCUGAUGAUGGCGUCCCUCCAAGGCUUCCGACGGUAAGGGUCGCGGUGCCAAUGAAGUGUCGGCGGAAGCAGCAUCGCGUGCUACAGCGUUGGGCUGCACGGCUGCCAUCAUGUUCUGCACAGGCAAAGCCUUACCGUCGACCUGAGUGCAAGCCAAUGGCCGUCCCACCACCCCUGUGUUUUGCGGCCGAACGCUCGCAUGUGUGUGUUUGGACGGUCCAACCACGGAAACCCUGGCACUCUUUGGGUGCAAAGGAGGUGUUGGAUCUUUUGAUGCUGCGCACAAAUGGAGCACCCCCUGCUGCUCUUCACACAAGGCAUCUGGCGGCGACGGCAACGUCACAGGUCAAUAAUGCGCCGCAGGAGGCAUUCUGGCAGCGUUGCGAGGAUGGCGUGUUUUACGGGCACAUGUGGUCCUUGCGGCGUACCAACCCCCAAGCGACGUGCUUGCCGAGCACAAAAACGGGGCCGUCUGACUCCGACGCCGCACCCAUAGUUGUGCCUGUCAAACUUCUACGAAAUGGUGAUGCCGAUGGCGUUACGUACCUUCUUGUGGCCUCUGCGCCUGUGCAAUUUGGGGCACGUGCCAAGCGAAAGCUAAAGAUUCAACUUAUUUCUCAUUGGAAUCCCUGCGGUGCGGCAAAACCGAUGUGCUCCAUGUUUGAACUCUGGUGCUGUGCGGAUGCUCUGAGGCCGACGGGAGACGAAACGCCAUCGGAAACAGAUGCUUCAGUUAUUCUGCAAUGGAUACGGAGGCGAGUGAAUGCCGCUGUGGGAAGGUGGCGCAGAGCGAAGGAGGGUGCUUCAGCUACACAAGGGGAAGAAGCGGGGAAAGCUCGCCCGUCAUCGCUACUGAGAGCCACGACGGUUUGCUGCUUCCCAUCCCUACCAACAACAGUUGAAACCAUUGACCACCUCACUUUCCCCGUACACCGCUGUGUUAUGUCUAUUCUUGUCGUGUCUGCGGAGUCUUCCUCCCAAUGGGGAAGCUCCGGUACUCUUGUGUGGCGAAAUUGCAGGCAACACUUUCAGUUUGCCAGGCAUCUUUUCGCAUCUCUUACUGACAGCUCUGCUACCGCAUGGCGAACGACGCGUCGUGAGGAUGAGAAAAUGGCGUUGGCGUUUCUUCGCUGUCAGUCGCUUGGGUACACUCGCAACGUGCGAGUCAUUGGCGAAGAGGAAAGGGAGACGCUGCUGCGUUUGAUUGGGUGUCCGGCCUUUGCCGACGUGAGCGGCGCCAACGCCUCUUUUCAGGUCUCCCGCAUGGCCCGACUGCGUUGCUCGCCGUCUAACGCACAUCGACGCGUGCUACUGAAGUUUGCCGCGAAGGGUGGCCGAGAACACCAGCGUGAGGGAAGUUCCCUCUUUGCUCUGAAGCCGGGAAACCCUGCCGAGCUCUUGCACAUUGGGGCACUGACGUCAGCGCCAUUUUUUUCAAUGCGCUUUGGCGCUCGCGUUGCUUACGCGUGGGUGUGGGAUGACGCGGGGUGGGAGCUGGCAGAACUGCACACGCGCGAUGCACUGCGCGCGGCUGCCAGCAAAGGAAAGGACGGCUGCUAUGAAGAACCGACCGCGGAUGGCGCAAUCGAGCACCGGGACGCUAGCAGCAGUUGCGGCGCCUGUUUUUUGCUCUCGGCCGCUGAGAAAGUUUCGCGUAUUCUGCCCUUUCUGAGCAAUGCCCCGGUCCACGUCCCUGGAUGGUCUGCACCCUCUUCUCCUCUGCAGGGCGAAAAACAGCAGCACCAAUAUAAACAUAGGCGUUGUGCGAAGAGGACGCGAGUGGGUGCCCCCUGCGGCCCCCGCAGAAAUAAAGUGUUGGCAGGCGAUGGAGGCAGUGCUGUGCGAUGCUGA